AUGUCUGAGAAAAGAAAUAUUGAGGAGACUCAUGAUAGCGACGAUGAGUGGGUUGGUCCAACACCCAGUGAAGCUGCUCCAGUAAAAAAACAAAAAGUUUUGGAGUAUGAACAAGUUUAUAUUAACAAUUUACCUUCGAGCGAGUGCUAUGAAAAGUCUUACAUGCAUAAAGAUGUUGUGACACACUUGUUGGUAACAAAAACGAACUUCAUAAUGACUGCAAGUUCCGAUGGUGCUGUUAAAUUUUGGAAAAAGCAGGAUGAAUCAAUAGAAUUUGUAAAAAAUUAUAAAAGUCAUACGAAGGCUAUAAAAGGUCUAGCGGGAAGUUAUGAUGGAGUUUUUGCUGCUACUGUGGGUCUUGAUCAAGUUUUAAAAGUUUACGAUGUUACUAAUUUUGAUAUGAAUAAUAUAAUCGACUUAUCAUACGAACCAUCGUGUGUCGAGUGGGUUUACUCAACUGGAGAUGCAAUACCAGCUAUAGCUGUCGCUGAUCAAAAUUCAUCAAAAAUUUACGUAUACAAUGGACAAGAAACUAGCCAAAUCCUCCAUGUUUUUGAACAUCUUCACCGUAAACCUGUUAUUGUAAUGAAGUUUAAUGUAGCUUACGAUACUUGUAUAUCAAUUGACCAAGCCGGAAUACUGGAGUACUGGACGGGCCAAAAAUCUCACUAUCAGUUUCCAAAAUCAGUGUCUUUCGAAUCUAAAUUAGACACUGACUUAUUUGAAUUUGCUAAGAAUAAAACUUGUCCAUGUGGAUUAGCUGUUUCCCUUGAUGGCAAACGUUUUGCGACGCUGAGUAGUGAUCGUAAAAUACGGAUAUUCACUUUUUUGACCGGUAAAUUGUACCGAGUGUUUGACGAAUCCUUACAAAAGUUCAGUGAACUUCAACAAAUGACACAGCAGCUUCCAAAUAUGGAGUUCGGCCGAAGAAUGGCAGUUGAACGUGAAUUAGAUAAAACGAAAACUAAUUUAGGCAAUAUAAUUUUCGAUGAAUCUGGCUAUAUCAUAAUGUACAGUACCAUGUUGGGAAUAAAAUUAGUAAAUAUAUAUACAAAUCGUUGUAUACGGAUAUUGGGAAAACCCGAAAAUCUUCGGCCAAUGCAGCUAGCAUUAUUUCAGGGUAAAGCACGUCAAACAGGAGUAGCUGUGACAGUUGAAAUGCAAGCCUCAGAUAAUCCAACGCUCGAUCUAAUAAAACCCGACCCGACACUUUUUUGUACAGCGCAUAAAAAAAAUCGAUUCUACUUAUUCUCACGGCGUGGACCUCAAGAAGUAGAAGGCCAAGAGAAUGACAGAGAUGUCUUCAACGAAAAACCGUCCAAAGAAGAUAUUAUUUCCUCAACUGAAGCCAGUAUUAUGCAAAAGAUUUACGAUACAGCUAUUAUUCACACAGCUCUGGGUGAUAUUCACGUAUCGUUAUUUGGCAAAGAUGUUCCCAAGACCGUUGAGAAUUUCUGUGUACACUCGAAAAAUGGGUACUAUAACAGCCACAUAUUUCAUCGUGUUAUUAAGGGGUUUAUGAUCCAAACGGGUGAUCCUACUGGAACUGGAACUGGUGGUGAAUCUAUUUGGGGUGGAGAAUUCGAAGAUGAGUUCAAGCCCCAUUUGAAACACGAUAGACCUUACACGUUAAGUAUGGCUAACGCUGGAGCUAAUACCAACGGCAGUCAAUUUUUUGUAACUCUGACACCAACGCCUUGGUUAGAUAAUAAACAUACGGUAUUUGGACGAGUUAUUAAAGGAAUGGAAGUUGUACAAAAUAUAAGUCAAGUUAAAACUAAUCCGAAGACAGACAAGCCUUAUGAUGACAUAAGAAUAAUUAGCAUCACUGUUAAAUAA